UAGAGAGGAGUUACCGCGAAAGCUGAGAUUUGACUCCGACUUAAUCCGCCUCCUACUUUAUAGGGUGUAAAGCUAAGGCUUGUGGACGACGGAACUUUACCCCACGUUUGCUUAAAGUACUUGCUGGAAUUUAUAAGGAUAAUCCAGGAGGUGUCCAGGACCCGCACAGACCCACCACUGGCCCCCUCUCGACUCGGCAACUUGGGGACAGAGGCAGGGCUCGCCUGUUAGCUCCUACACCAGCUAACUCCAGAUCUUGUCACAUGUCAUACUCACAAUCACUGCUGAACUGUGACGAGCUCUCUGCCCCGGUUUCUCGACAAUGAGGUGAAAUUGUGUCAACAAACCAUAAUCUGAGAAAGUUGCAGCGGAAAAAUAUUUGUCGAGAUGUCCAUCACUAACACUCCUACGAGCAACGAUGCCUGCCUGAGCAUUGUGCACAGCCUCAUGUGUCACAGGCAGGGUGGCGAGAGCGAGACCUUUGCCAAGCGCGCCAUCGAGAGCUUGGUGAAAAAACUGAAGGAGAAAAAAGAUGAGCUUGACUCUCUUAUCACGGCUAUCACCACCAACGGGGCUCAUCCAAGCAAGUGUGUGACCAUUCAGAGGACACUUGAUGGACGACUGCAGGUGGCUGGACGUAAAGGCUUCCCUCAUGUAAUCUAUGCCCGGCUGUGGCGCUGGCCUGACCUGCAUAAGAAUGAACUGAAGCAUGUCAAAUACUGCCAGUUUGCCUUUGACCUCAAGUGUGACUGUGUGUGCGUCAACCCUUAUCACUAUGAGAGAGUGGUGUCACCUGGCAUAGACUUAUCAGGACUGACCAUAAACAACUCAGCUGGGCACAGCUCACCCAUGAUCGUUAAGGAUGAGUUUGAUUUUGAUGGACAGCAGAGUCUGCCCUCCAUUGAGGGCGGGCACUCCCUCCAGACCAUCCAGCACCCCCCAACCAGUAGCCGACCACCACCGUCAGAAUCAUUUCCAACCCCAAAUCUGCUCCCACCCACUGAGGCCUCCACUUCUGCCUCAAUGUCAUCCUUCCCUGCUGUUGCUGCUGGAUCAGGCAAUGCCACCUCCAGUUGGUCCAGGAACGGUAAUGGCUUCACUCCCACCAUACCCCACCACACCAACGGUCAUCUACAGCACCACCCUCCUAUUCCACAUCCAGCACACUACUGGCCAGUGCACAAUGAGCUCGCCUUUCAGCCUCCUAUAUCCAAUCAUCCAGCUCCUGACUACUGGUGUUCCAUUGCCUACUUUGAGAUGGAUGUUCAGGUUGGGGAGACAUUUAAAGUGCCCUCCUCGUGCCCCAUAGUGACUGUAGAUGGCUACGUUGACCCCUCAGGAGGAGACAGGUUCUGUUUGGGCCAGCUCAGUAAUGUACAUCGCACUGAGGCUAUUGAGAGAGCAAGACUUCACAUUGGUAAAGGGGUCCAGCUGGAGUGUAAAGGCGAGGGAGAUGUGUGGGUGCGAUGCCUCAGUGACCACGCAGUGUUUGUUCAGAGUUACUACCUGGACAGAGAGGCAGGCCGAGCCCCUGGAGACGCUGUUCACAAAAUCUACCCCAGCGCUUACAUCAAGGUGUUUGACCUUCGUCAGUGCCACAGACAGAUGCAACAGCAGGCUGCUACAGCUCAAGCCGCAGCAGCAGCUCAAGCAGCAGCUGUGGCUGGAAACAUCCCUGGACCUGGAUCAGUAGGAGGGAUAGCCCCAGCUAUUAGUUUGUCAGCAGCAGCUGGUAUCGGUGUGGACGAUCUCCGGAGGCUGUGUAUUCUCAGGAUGAGUUUUGUUAAGGGCUGGGGGCCUGACUACCCACGCCAGAGCAUCAAGGAGACCCCGUGCUGGAUUGAGAUCCACCUGCACAGAGCUCUGCAGUUACUGGAUGAGGUUCUGCACACUAUGCCUAUAGCAGACCCACAGCCUCUCGACUGAGAUCUUUAUAAUGGCAGCAUCUCACUGCAGUAUACAGUGGCAAUGGAAAGUCUUCCUCAGUGAAUUGUUUUGGGCAGAGAAGGUCAAACUGAAGCUGUCCACGUGAAUAAAUACUUCCAGGUGUGUUUAAACCACCUUUUGUGCACUGUGGCCCCAACUUUAGCUUGUGACACUAAAAUGACCCAAAGCUGUAUAUUAAAGAAAUGUUUAUCCACAUUUUUGAUAGAUGCCUUUGAAUUGGAAUGACUGUAAUGGUUUUAAAAAUCUCAUAACUUCAUGCACAAGGAUGACCUGCAGAUCCCAUUAAACUGGAAUGUGUACCAGCACGACCACCCACUACUGACGGAUAUUAAACUCAGACACAGGCAAGAACAUCUGUGUUGCCAGGUUUCAUUCAAACAGUUACAGACUGCUUUACACCUGGAAGUACACCUGAGUCCAGCCAGCUCUCAGGCUGAAUAGAAAGGCAGCAGGAGCACUCUGAAGGGGAACACUUCUCGACAACAGCUCAGUUCUCGACCAACCACGAAUGUCACAGGAGAAACCGACAUGCCCCAGAUCUGAAUGCUACUUCCAGCCCCCUAACUGAAACAACUCUGUGGACUUUUUUUUUUUUUUUUUUGGUACAGUGUUGUCAAGCUAUGGGUUUGGACUUUGUAUGAUAGGUGCAAGUCUGCACCUGAUGGAUGUCCUAUUUUUCCCACCAUUUCUUUUACAGAACAUGUGUGCUGCAGUGAGCCGAACACCUGGUUGAUGUUUAGGACAAUAUUGUCCUACAGUUUUUGGGAGUUGUUUUAUGUAAAGUUCAGCUAUCCAGUGGGUGAUGGAUUACACCAGUCUGCCACAACAUUGGAACCACCUCCAUGAUAUUGUGUAAGUCCUCCUAGUGCUGGUAAAACAUCUCUGACCCAUCACAUGGAUCAACACAUCCAUCCACACAGGGAUUUUGACAACAGCAAAAUCUCACGAAUAUUUUAUUAGAUUGGGACAUGGGGAGUUUGGAGGUCUUACAGCGGAGUGUGUUGUUCUUUUAGAGGCUGCUGCCUUCCUAAACAUUACUUAGAUGGGUGGUGAUCAGUGUGUUUAAUGUUAUGGCUGAUUAGUGUCUUAAUAACUGAAAAGUAAUUAAUAAAGUUUGUUAGCAUGGCACUUAAAAACCAGUGUUACAAAGUGCUUUAAACCAGACACAAUGCACAUAACAAAAUCCACAUAAACAUACAGGUGAUUCAUUUCUGUCACUUCUGAUAAGACGCUUCUUAAGGUGAUCGUCAUUAGUGAUUUUCAACCAAGAUUGCCUCCCAUCUGUUUCAGAUACACUCUCCAUUAAGCAACAACAGUCUGCUUACCUUCUCAUUUUUGUGCUGAGAACAAAAAACCCAGCUCAGAGGCAGACAGAUAAUCUUCCUUUGUCCACAGAAUGAUGAGCAGGGUUUAUGAACAUUUUGGCAAACCAAAGUAAUAAUUACUAAGAAACAUAAAUGUGUCUGCUAUGAUCAUGACAGCAUGAAGUCCAGUCACUAGCAGCUGUUUUCCCAAACUGUUGGAGCUGAAGGUUUGUUUUUUAAAUUGGAUUUUAAUGCCUAGACUUAAUUGCACUUGCAUAUAUUUUAUGACUUGUAGCCCACUUAUAUAAUACUUGAUCCAGGUCACUUGUGUAUAGUUUACCGACAAGGAAGAGGGUUAAAGACAGUUCCCAGCAAUAUUGAUAUAUUUUUUGAGGUUUUAUUUUUGUUACGUUUGUAUAUUUUUAGCACUUUAUUUUUUUUCCUUGAUUUAAUUCAGUAACCAUUGUUUUGAGGUGGUAAAUGAAUAACAGUAAAUAGGCUGGUUUAUAGUUAACAUAGGGUUGUCAGCAGAGGCAGCAUUGUGUGAUGCAGUUGUAUUGAAAUUAUACUGUAUGCAACAUUAGGCCACCUUUUUGCCCUCACUUUUCAUUCACACACAUCUUAGGGUUUCUUUUGGCUGAUCUGACAUUUUUUUUUUUUUUGAUUUGCAGUUUUGUUUUCCUGUUUAAUCCAUGUAAAUAACUUUGCUUUUGAAAUGCAUGUCAGAGUUUGCAUGAAUUUUAAUGUCAAAGAGACCCCUUUUUAAAAUGGAGUGAUUCAUUUCUCUGCAUUGCAUGCAAAUUAAUAUCUGAAGCCAGUAGAAACCAGAACCUGCUGUGUACUGGUGUUUGUGUGUCCUAGCAUUAAAAGCAAACAGAGGGAAUCUGCAUAAAUGUAACCUAGGCAAAUGAUUCAAUUUAAUAUGUUAACAUUUUAGAAGCUGAACUCCUAAAGAAGGCGUCUUAAAGACAAAUCCAGAUUAAACGAGUUGUCCGGUCAUUAGCGUUCCACCUUUAUUUGAAUUUAAAUGACAGCUUUGCUCAAAGGUGUUGAAACAGGUGAGGUAUGACAGACAGAAAUCAGAUAUCAACAAACGCUUGAUCCGAUGUCCUCGGUGGCGUGUGAUGAAUUCUGUUGCACCGUUUGAUGCAGGUUAAGCAAGUUGAUCACUCACGACAUCACGCUUGUUAUUUUUACACAUCAAACCUCCGCUCAGUAGUGGCUUCAUAAAAAGGAUUUUUUUAAUGAAUGUGCAUCUGUCUUUUUAUUCUUUGUAGAUGGGGAACUUUACUACCUAACAGUUAAUCAUAACUAAGCAGUGGUUAGCUCUCAUCCCAGUUUGGAUUCAUAACUUUGAAGAGCUGUGUUUUAAAGACGUUAAAAUCUUGAGAUUUUAGUAUGGAUCCAGUCGAUUGCAUGGCAGGAAACAGGAUAGAGAAUUUAUGCUGAAGAAUAGAGUGUUAUAUGAUGUGCUUUAAAGUGGACAGAUGUUUUUAUAUGACUUGCAGUUAUUAUAGGAGCAAAAAGACAGCUCAGAUGAGUUGAUGCUGACUACUAUUACAGAUUGAAGAUAUUAAUUUCUCCUGUAUUUCUUAUGUGAGAGUCUAUAAUUAAACAUGGCCUGAU